AUGCAAUACUCCACGAUUUUAUCAGUUGCUUUAGCUUUAGUUUCCACUGCUCAAGCCGGUUAUGUCAGACCAAGACCAAUUACCGAACCAGACUGCGAGCCAACGACAACCACCACACCAUGUGAACCAACCACCACCACUUCAUGCUGUCAAGACAGUGAUGUCACUUUUUUCAGUGGAGAAUUUGCUUUAGGCGUUAAGGAAUUAUGUGAUGAUGACGAUGUUAUCUAUUUGGUGUUUGAGUUGCCAGAUGGCCAAUUGGAACAUAAUGGCGUUACUGUUGAUUGUGGAUGCCAUACUACUACCACCACUCCAUGUGAGCCAACUACCACUCCAUGUGCUGAACCGGAGCCAAUUACUGAUGACUGUGGUAAUAAUGACAAGAAGAAGCGUUGGUACAAGCCAAAGCCAGUUCCAACCCCAACCCCAUACGGAUUGUCAGACUUGUGUCACCCAUACUGCUCCAUUGAUGAUUCAGACUGCACCGACUUCUUUACUUUAUGUGACUCAAUUUUGAAAGAUGGCAAAUACAGAAUUGGAGAAAUUGUCGCCAACCAUCAAUUCCAAUUCGAUUCACCCGUUCAACCAGAUGCAUUGUACAACAAAGGAUGGUCAAUUGAAUACAAGGAUGAUUAUUACUUGUUGGCAUUGAAUGGAUGCACCAACUUCUGGGAAUGUCCUGUUGAUGACUGUGGUCUUUGGAAGUUGUACGAUGCUUCAAUCGAUUCCAAAUGUAAAGAGAUUGAAAUUGUCAUUAUUUUCAAAGAUGAUUCAUGUGAUUAG